AUGUAUCUAUACUCAGCAUGUCGUGCCGCUAAUCCCAAACACCGUGGGUCAAUGGCACUAUGGGGUCCAGUGAAGCGUGGCUCUAGGACGCGUCUGUCAUAUAAAACGAUGUCUUCACUCAUAUUUGACAGUUACACGACAGAAACUAUACAGUUGACAGCAACAGCGUCAAAGAUGGUUAAGAUCGUCUUAUUCAUCAUUGCCUCCUUAUUAUCCUUGGCCCUUUCGGCUCCCGUUGAAAAGGCUGAAGAUCUAGCCUCCUCUGAUAAAGAGGAUCUUCAAACCGCAGCUUCACAUUUCGGACCGUACGGCUAUGGCUUUGGGGGCUACAGAUACGGAGGAUAUUACGGCUAUCCUUAUUACAGUUAUUACGGCUAUCCCGGAUACGGUUACGGCGGCUUAUACGGAGGCUUCCCAUACGGAUAUUACGGUCACGGCUUCUGGUGGUAA